AUGGGGGCAUGGAAACGCGUGCUCGCACCCCGCAGUGGGGGCGGCACAGCCACGCCGUGCGGGACCCGCUGCAGCUCUGCCCCGAGGCUCCGGCGGUUCGGCUGCGCUCCCUCAGCGCGGUGGCGCCGGCGCGAAGGAGCGGGAGGCGCCGCUCCCCGCCCCGCGGGCGGCCCCGGCCCGGCCGGCCCCCGGUCGGACAACGCCCCCGGCCCUCACGCCGCGGCCGGGCCCGCCGCCCGUGGCAUUUCCUCUGAGCUCACUCGGCGGCUGACGCGGCGCCGCUUCCCUCGGAAGAGGAAGGCUCGCAGCGGAGCAGGCAGGCAAGGGGGGCGACCGCCGUGCCGGCGGGGUAGCAGGGGGAAAGCAGCGGCGCGGCCCGCGCUGGGGGCGGCCGGGGCGGAGGAGGGGGGCGGCGGCGGCGGGGCCGGGCGCUCCCCGCCCGCGGGGCUGGGCGGCGGCCCCCGCCGUGGCCCGAGCCCCCGCCGCGCCGGGCCCGUCUACACCGUCAACCUGCGGGUGCUCUGGCCGCUGGCGACCGCUCUCUGCACCGCGCUCCUCUGCCUCUACCAGGCCCUGCGGGGCGGCUCGGCCGGGGAGGGCGCGGCGGAGGCGGGCUCCGUCCCGCUGCUCAAGGGCUCGGCACUGCUGCUGCUGGGCUGCCUGCUGGCUCGCUGCUGCGGCGGGGCGGGUGGCGGCCCGAGGCCCGGCGGGUUCCGCUUGGCGGGGUCGGCGGGGGCGCAGCGCGACGCCCUAGAGCGGUUCUACGUGCGACAGCUGCGGGUGUCGCCCCACGUGCUGGGGCACAGCAAGGCGCACGUCGGGCGCGUCGUGGCCGAGCUGGUGCGCGCCGCCAAGGCGCAGGGGCUGCAGCCCGGCCCGCUCGCCCUCAGCCUGCGCGGGGACUUCGUGCGCAUCGGCAGCGCCUACGAGCAGCACAAGGUGCGCAGCCCCGACUGCUUCGACAUCCUGGUGCCCCUGCGGCUGCCGCCCCACCUGGAGCCGCAGCCGCGCUGCGCCGAGGGGCUGGGGCCGCACGGCGCCUUCGUCUGCGGCCUGCGGGCGAGGGGCGGCUGGCCGCGCCGCUACCGGCCCUUCGCCGAGGGCUUCUGCGUGGAGCUGCAGGGCCGCUGCCACCUCUCCUCGGCGCUGGUGCUGCGCUGGUUCCAGGGCCACCUGCAGCGCUGCCUGGGCGCCGUGCGGUACCGGCUGCAGGAGCGCUGCCGCAUCAACCUCUCGGCCUGCCCAGGCCGCCCGCCCGUGCUGCACAUCGUGCCCUGCUCCGACUACGUCUGCUGCCACAUCUCCAUGGCCGUGCGCCUCAUCCCCGCCAUCCCCAUCGGCGACGCGCUCUACCUCACGGCCCUGCCGCCCGAGGGCCCGCUGCCUACCCCGGCCCCCGAGGCCGUGUGGGGCCUCAACGCCUCGCGGCAGGAGCAGCGGCUGCUGAGCUGGCUGAAAGAGCAGGCCCCGGCCUCCUCCUGCCACCUCAAGUGUCUGCAGAUCCUCAAGGGCCUGCGGGACCUCCGCGGGCAGGGCCUGGAGGAGCCCUUCAGCUCUCAGUGGAGCCGGGUGCUCUCCUCCUACGUGCUGAAGACGGCCCUGUUCUCCCUGCUAAUGCAGGGGCCCCUGGAGGCCUGGGACGAGCGGUUCCUGGUGGAGCGGCUGGAGGACCUGGUGCUGUACCUCAGGGACUGCCUGCGCAAGCAGGUGCUGAUGCAUUUCUUCCUGGGCAACACCAGCCUCCCCGAGGCCGUGGCGGUGCCCCGGUUCCUCAAGGAAGCUGCCCCUGUGAACUUGCUGGCUGCCUUUGAUGGGCUCAUGCUGGACCUGUCAGCUUUCCAGCUGAUCAACACCUGGAUCCAGGCCCCGCACAUCAUCAGGAUGUACAGCAGCCCCCGGUACUUGCGACCAGUGCCCACCCCGUGCCGUCAUGUCACCGAGGCCAAGCAGGAGCCACCAGCAGAGUGAGCCGGUGGUGUCCCUGGACUCUGCCAGGCAGCGCACGCUCGCAGUCUGCUAGUCCAUUGAGAGCCCAUGUCUGCCUGAGGAAGGUGGGACCUGUUUGUGUGGUUCUGUGGUUUUGUCCCUGCCGUGAGAAGACUGGGAAACCAGAGGCCAAGACUUAAGGAAUUUGUGAUUCUUGUUUUUUAAUCUCAUUGCUUGUUCAUGGGGAAAUUGUGAAGUUUCUGGGGAAAUGCGUUAGUAGAGAAGCAUUACGUUCAGUCAGCUGACUGCGAACCUAGCUAUAACAGGCUUAAACUGGCAUUUCUGGAAAUCCAUUUUCACUUGUUGUCUUAGUGGCAAAUUUGACCUUUUUAUGAUAUUUGCUUUUUAUGAUGCAAAAUCCAUUUGGGAUUUAAAACUUGUAAGUGCAAACAGCCCCCCUAAUGUACCAAGAUGCUCUUAAAAUGCAGUGAGCAAUGGAGCAUGGUUGUGGAUCGCAGUUUGAAAUGCUCAAUGACAUGCUUUAAAUUGUGUAAUCUAAAAAUGCGUAAUUAAGUACGUUGUUCUGAAUAGAAAUACAGUGCAUAUGUUAAUGUUAAUGUAAAAUUGGGGUUCUUCCUCCAAACUGUCUCUGGUAACAGUAUGAAGAAUCUAGUUGCACGUUUCUGUGUGAAGGUUAUACUGAAGGAUUGAAAUAUAGAUAAAAGGAAACAAAUAGCACUUUAUUUUCACAAAGGCCUUCUCUUUAGGAUAAUUGGCUGCACUAAAUAUUGCAUUAGGAGGCAUUAGUAUUUGUUAAGGGAAUGAUGUUUGACAUCCCCAGGAAAACCUUCUUUUAAGGAAAUGCCAAAGAGGUUGGUUUGUUUGUGGGUUCUUGUUGAGUUGUAUUAUUUUUUCUGUCUUCAAGUAUUAUUAGCAUUUGCUUUACCUCAAGGACCAAAAACAAAACUAAGAAAUUGUAUAUUAUGUUUUGAAACAAACCUUAAACGAGCUCAAAUCUCAGUGCUGUAAGCUGACUGCUGCACCUUCCUGCUCUCUGAUAGGAGCUUGGGGGGAUUUUUGGAUGACUGCCUAGGCAGUUGUCUGAUUGUGGCAGUGUUUUGACCAAAUAACCCGAUGGGAAUUUCUAGUGCUGUGCUAUAGCAAAUCAUUACCUUGUUGUGGGGAGGAGAAAGUGAAGUGUUUCAGGGUACUUCAGAUUAUUUAGCACUGAUUCAUGGUACAGUGGCAGUCUAAGGCUGUGGAUUCCAGUGUCCCCUAAAUAUUCACAUCAGCCAUAUAAUUUCCACUUCUUGCCCAGUUAUGUCCCAGUCUCUGGAAUAACCUGCCGAGUUGUAACACAGCCAGUUCUGCAAGUGUCCUUAGCUCCUGGCGUAGGUACCUGGUGCAGGUGACCCUGAUGUGUCUCAGGGUGUCAGCAAAUUCAGCAUUUCAAUCCUUGCAUUAUUGGGCUGCCUGCUCAAGUAUUUGAUGUAUUAAGACACAAAAUGUGUUGCUGAAUUGCUGGUGCUCAGGAGGCUGAGGCCUCAUUACCCACUAUACUGUGUCCUAGGGGAACAGUUGGAAACAAGUUAUAAAUGACCAAGUGUGCCUUCUGGAAAGCUUUAGGGUAACUUGAAGUUACUAAUACACUCCUCUCCGUGCUGUACAUAACGAUACCAAUGUGCUUUAUCCAGAGUUCUGUGCAUCAGAGCACAAAGCAAACAUUUUCAAAAUCUAUGAAGCUUUAUAAAAAUCUAUUUUUCUAAAUGGAAACACUCCCUAGGCAGAUGUUUGCCUACUUCUGUCUGUUUUUUUUAACUGCUCUUGCAGUCUUAUUUUCAGGUAAUUAUAGCCUAGGUCACACUCGUAAACUGGGUUAUUUUUAUAUAGGAAGCACUGUGCUUCUUUCUACAAAUAGUGUAUUUAUAGGUAGUAUUGAUCAGUGUUCUUUACACAUGGUAUUUAAGUUAGCUACCUUGGUGUUUCGGGGUUGAGUUUUUUUGGUAGUAGACCAUGAUACAUACUAUUUUUGCAGACUCGUGUUAACUUGGUGUUUGAAAUAAGA